UCUCGUAGGCUGCUUGUGUCGAGAACAUGAUGAGUGUCAUGAUCAGGCAGCACUGAAAGUGAGUUGUAGAUAAAGAGAGCCAUUGACUCCUGUCGAGAUCGCAUCAUUAUCGCAGCACGAACAGAUCCAAAAUCCAAACAGACACAAACACAAGAUCACUACAAAACACCUGCUGUAUCUAUCCACAACCACAUCCCCCCAACCAAACCUCAACAACCAACACAAUGCUUCGCCUCAGCAAAUUCGCCCAACUGGCCGCCUCAGCCAAAAAUGCCAUGACCAGUCGCUCCGCAGCCUCAACCCAAGAAAACCUCAACACAAUCAACGAAUACGUCCAAAAACUCACCCAAAUCGUCACAGCCUACUCCGGCGGCCUCCUCGCCGCCUCUCCCAUCUCCAACCAAGAAGCCGCGCUAGGAAUCCAAAUCAAAAACGCAACCGCAGACGCCAACGCCUCAGAAAUCGUGUCCGAACAAGAAGCUCGCGAAAUUAUUGCUUAUAUUACGGAUGUUUUGGAGCCGAGUAUUCGAGCUUGUAUGAAUGCGAUGAAGACGAAGAAGGAAUUGUUUGUUGCUUCGAGUUUGCAGGGGACUGUGACAGGGGAUAUGAAGGAUUUGAGAGUCCAGACUGAGACUUUAGGGAAGGCGCUUGUGGCGAAGGCGCCGGCGAGUGAGCAAGCGGCUGGACAGAAGACUUUGAAGGUUGUGGAUAAGGAUUUUGAGGAGGCGAUUAAGCAUUUUGCUUAGAUAGGUGGAAGAGUUUGUUUGACAUGUUAGCGAUUCCUUUUGGUAUAAGUCAUGAUCAUUAUUUUGGUUCUACCGCUAGACCAGCCUUUCAGGCUUACAGUUCUCAUCUCGUACCGAUCUUCCGUUUGUUCCUCAAGACUUUUGUGCCCCCUCGGCCGUUCUAAGUCUCCAUGCUCGCUCGGUAAUCUUCCGAGUCGAACCAUGUCUCUCGCCAUCGUUCGAUCGAUUCCACCAUGCACUCCACAUAAUUGGACAUCCGCGCAUUCGACCCUCGAAGGUUGAACAGGGCUCGUCCUCAAAUCUGCCUCCUCCUAGUUGUAUGAG